UGGUGCGUGGUUGGAUCUAUUUUAAUGGGGAACAUGAAGAAAAUCGUGAUUUUCGGUGCAACAGGGAUGACCGGUUCGUGCUCGCUCGAGCAUGCCGUCAAAGCAGGUCUCAAGACAAGAGCAUUUGUUAGGGAUGAGAACAAAGUUCCUGAACACCUCAAAGACAAGGUUGAAAUUUUCGUUGGAGACGUGACGAAUGCUGAACAGGUGUCACACGCUGUAUCUGACAUGGAUGGUGUUGUUGUUGUACUUGGAACUAGAAAUGAUUUGAAACCAACAACUGUUUUGUCUGAUGGUAUGAAAAAUAUCAUCAGUGCCAUGAAGAAGCAUAAUGUUCAGAUCGUUUCCGUUUGCUUAUCAGCAUUUUUAUUCCGUGAGCCUGAAAAAGUUCCUGUAAUUUUCAAAGAUUUAAAUGCAGAUCACCAAAGGAUGUUUGACCUCGUCAAAGCAUGUGGAUUGAAUUGGAUUGCCUGUUUGCCACCUCAUAUAACAGAGUUGCCUGCGAGUCCGAAAUAUACAAUUGAGUAUGACAAGUCACCAGGACCAGCCAUCUCCAAACAUGACCUGGGUGAAUUUUUAAUAAAGAGUUUGGAUCAACCAGAACAUUAUCAGAAAGUUUGUGGUAUAGCAACUUGUUCUUGAUUUGCAAAAAUGAAUA